AAGAAAUGAAUUAGGAAUUUGGGCCACAUACUAUGAGUUAGGGCCCAACUUUGGUUCAAAAUAAAUAAAGUCUUGAGAUUUGCAGCGGAAGAUUGAAGAUUGAAAGUGUUCCCGCUUCCCGUUUCCUCGUGGCGCCAAAAUUAGCGCAAAAGGGGUACUCUUCUCUGUUCUAACCCAAAACCCAGAUCUGCUCGGUAAUAAUUAUAAGCGAAAUAGAGAGGAUGUUUGGAAGGGUAAGAGCAGCAUCUUCUUCGUUGGACAGCUUGGAGAGGCCACCUUCUAAGAUCUUCAAAGACGACCCUCUCUCCAUCUACGAGACUACAUUGAUAAAGCUUAAACUAGGCUCUCAGCGCGAUUUAAAUUCACCAUCGCCAUCUGAAGAGGCAGGGGAAGAGAUGGAAAGUGACUGCAGCACCAUAACUGUUUCCACAAGUUGUGUGGAACAGCCCAUUUUCUCUACUUCUACAAUUAUCUCCGAAACUUCUCAACUUCUUGUGACUUCACUUGAUGGGGACGCAAUGGCAAUCGAUACUGAUAGCUCUUCUGCUAGUGCUUGCCAAUCUACAGGUGAUUCUAAACAGCGACGAAUCACCACUAUGCCACUGCUUUACCUAUUUUCCAAAUAUAACGCUUCUCCACAUCAUUUAAGCUCAUAAGAUAGAGAGUUAACGGGUGCUGUCAGCUAUGAUUCUGCAACUACUUCCCCUACUUUCAGCAACUGCCGGUCUUCUGCAAACACGGAAGAACAUGAGUCUCGUACUUCUUCUUCCGAGCGUCUCAUGUGAGAUAUGUAUAAUUGUAUUCCUAUGGUGAAAGCCCCAUAAUUUACCAUACUAGAUUUUGGGGCGUUAGGGGACCAAUAAGAUUAUUACCUGAGUGAGCACUCUGCUUUGGCUUGAUUUGAUUCUAUUAUUUCAUCAAGUUAAAAACACACUUCUUGUUGUGGUGUGUGUAACGGGGAAAAUAUUCAAGAUA